AGGUCUGGCAACCACAGUUCCUGGAACUGCACAGCUCCUGUUUCUGUCCAACCAGCCCACGUAUGCGCAGCAAAGCGAACCCAGCACGGUGAAAAUGCCUCUGGCUAGAGACCUCCUGCACCCUUCCAUUGACCAUGAGAGAAGACAACAUAAAAAGAAAAGACUUGUUCAGAGUCCUAACUCCUACUUUAUGGACGUGAAGUGCCCAGGCUGCUACAAGAUCACCACAGUGUUCAGCCAUGCACAGACAGUGGUUCUUUGUGUGGGAUGCUCAACUGUGUUGUGCCAGUCAAAAGGGGGAAAGGCCAGACUGACUGAGGGUUGCUCUUUCAGGAGGAAGCAGCAUUAAAAGGGAUCAUACACUUAAUUAUGUCUGCAGUCAAGCCAUUCUGUUGAUAAAUCCACUAUUUUUUCAUUGAUUACAAUGUAGCUGUGCAUUCACUAAAGGCAGGUUCUGUCUCUGUACAGCUGCUCAGCUUUUAUGAUGAAAUUUAACUAGCUGAAAAACUUUUAAUAUGCAAGACAAUUUAAUUAAAAUUUCACAAAGUCAAUAAAGACAUUGUUAUAAAA